CCCACCAUUCCUGCCACUCAGGACACUGCCGCCAGGAGGUGACCACAAAGAGCGAAGAGCGACCAAGAUCACACGAUGUCUGAGCUGGAGAAGGCCGUGGUGGCCCUCAUUGAUGUUUUCCAUCAAUAUUCCGGAAAGGAGGGCGACAAGCACAAGCUGAAGAAAUCCGAACUCAAGGAGCUCAUCAACAACGAGCUUUCCCAUUUUUUAGAGGAAAUCAAGGAGCAGGAGGCUGUGGACAAAGUCAUGGAAACACUGGACAACGAUGGAGAUGGCGAAUGUGACUUCCAGGAAUUUGUGGCCUUCAUCGCCAUGGUUACCACCGCCUGCCACGAAUUCUUUGAACACGAGUGAACUAGAGAAAGCAGCCACGCUGUUCCUGUAAUAGAGGCGAAGGUCACACAAGGAAGCAGAGAGUAAGGGCUUGCAGGCUAGUAGGAGCUGAGCUUUCCGGCUGUGUUUGUAGCAAUUAGGAAGCUUCAUUUGCUUUGUGAAUGAAAAAUUGAAAAUCUCUUUCCAAGGGCUGUUUUUAAUGGCCCCCAUCAUUACUUCUGCUAUAUUAGGCAUACGUGUUAGCUGACUGGUCCCUAGAACUCCUGGUAAUAUCAUGUAGGAAAGUCAAUUCUCAGUCAGAAAGCCUGGGCUAUACAGAAUCCUAACCCAGAAAACACAAAACUGACUACCAAGAAGGAUUCGGGACAUUUGUGGUUUCCUUAAGUCUCCACUUCAUUUGAAACCACAAAGCUCUAUCCAACCUUUGAAAAGGCUGCCAUUUCUUAAAUUUGUUCAUCAUCAGUGCCAAUGGAACCUAACGUAGUUAGAUGGUGUGAAAACAGAUCAUGGUCUCAUUUAGGUCCCUUUAACUGUGGUGAGCUGUGAUUACUGAGUAGAUAUUUAAUGCUAACAGUUCUAAAUGGGAAAACGUGUCCCAUAAACCAACAAGUACUGAAACCUUAACUCUAAUCAACACUGAGAAGCAAAAUUCUAUCUUCCGUGGAAUUCUCCUGGUAGGCUCACACUUUGCUGGAUCUGUGGGACCGGCGUUUUGCAGGAUGGGCAGGUCCAGGACCAACGUUUCAGACCAGCCCCCCUCUGGAGAUGAGUGCACUGCAAGUAACUUAGUCUCUCCAGCCUCCUCUCCUGUCUGUGCGAUGAUGGGCUACUACUGAUGUGUGUGGUCUGUUGGUGAAUGUCACUCCUGACUUGUUUGUGCUGUUGGCGAAGUCAGUGUACUUGGAAAGCUGAACUUUAUGCUCCUGUAUCUACGAAUUCAAAUAAAUCAAGUUUCAAAUAAUCGUUACAAAUAUUAAAAAUCACUUCCAGGAAAAUUCAAAUUAAUCUUAUCCACCUCUUUUCCUGUUCUGUUUUAUUUAAAGACACAAACUUCAUAAAACCAUUGAUCGCUUGUAUUUGCAUUUAAUAAAAGAGCACUGUGCUAAGUCUCCGU